UAUCUCGCUCUCGCGCUCGUUUUGAUUCGCCUCUUAUCUGCUCGAGUAUCUCUACGACUCCUGCUCUGUGCGUGCGAGCGAGAGCAUUUCAAUUUUAAUUUUAAUUUCCAUUUCCAUUUCCAUUUGGUAGUAGUAUCUUCUGGGAUAUAUUGGAUUUGGAUUUAGCACUAGCAGCAGUCCCAAAAAAAAAAAAAAAAAAAAAGAGAGUAAGGGUUAGGGCUUUUGAAGCAUUCUGAAUUUGACCAUGGCCUCCUCCACCGCUCAAAUCAAUGUUCUUGGUGCGGCGGCCCCUGGGUCUUACAGGAAGCCCAAUCCCAAUUUGAGAAGACCCACAAGGACGGUGUUCCUCGGGGGGAGUACGGCGUCGUACUUUGGGGGUUUUCCACGCUCGGCCUUCCUGAGGUUGAAUACCAACAACUACAAGGCCGCCAGGAGCGUGGGACCCCUUCGGGUGGUGAACGAGAAGGUAGUUGGUAUCGAUCUGGGAACAACCAACUCGGCAGUGGGGGCUAUGGAGGGCGGAAAGCCCACCAUAGUGAGCAACGCCGAGGGUCAGAGAACGACGCCGUCUGUGGUGGCUUACACCAAGAAUGGGGAUAGACUGGUGGGUCAGAUUGCCAAGCGCCAGGCCGUGGUGAACCCGGAGAACACCUUCUUCUCCGUCAAGAGGUUCAUUGGCAGGAAGAUGUCCGAGGUCGACGAAGAGUCCAAGCAGGUCUCCUACAAGGUCGUUAGGGAUGAGAAUGGGAAUGUCAAGCUUGACUGCCCUGCUAUUGGCAAGCAAUUUGCCGCCGAAGAAAUCUCCGCUCAGGUUCUGAGAAAGCUCGUGGAUGAUGCUUCAAAGUUCUUGAACGACAAAGUAACUAAAGCUGUGGUCACGGUGCCUGCAUACUUCAAUGACUCUCAAAGGACUGCAACCAAAGAUGCUGGUCGAAUUGCUGGUCUAGAAGUUCUUCGAAUUAUAAAUGAACCUACCGCUGCGUCAUUGGCAUAUGGGUUUGAAAAAAAGAAUAAUGAAACCAUCUUGGUAUUUGACCUUGGAGGUGGUACUUUUGACGUAUCAGUACUGGAGGUCGGUGAUGGAGUGUUUGAAGUGCUAUCUACUUCUGGAGAUACACAUUUGGGUGGUGAUGACUUUGAUAAGAGGAUAGUUGAUUGGCUUGCUGAGAAUUUCAAGCGAGAUGAAGGAAUAGAUCUGCUGAAGGACAAACAAGCUCUUCAGCGUCUAACAGAGACAGCUGAGAAAGCCAAAAUGGAGCUGUCAUCGUUGACUCAGACAAAUAUUAGUUUGCCUUUUAUCACUGCCACUGCAGAUGGCCCCAAGCACAUUGAGACCACCCUCACGAGGGCCAAGUUUGAGGAGCUGUGCUCGGAUCUUCUUGACAGGCUUAAAACACCAGUUGAGAAUUCCUUGAGGGAUGCAAAACUCUCCAUCAAAGAUAUAGAUGAAGUUAUUCUUGUUGGUGGUUCAACACGUAUCCCUGCUGUUCAGGGGCUUGUGAGGAAGCUGACUGGGAAAGAACCGAACGUUACAGUCAAUCCUGAUGAAGUUGUUGCUCUAGGGGCUGCUGUACAGGCUGGCGUGCUGGCUGGAGAUGUUAGUGACAUUGUGCUUUUGGAUGUAACACCGUUGUCACUUGGUUUGGAAACCCUGGGUGGUGUCAUGACGAAAAUCAUCCCACGGAAUACAACUCUACCCACCUCAAAAUCAGAGGUGUUCUCAACAGCUGCAGAUUCGCAGACAAGUGUGGAGAUUAAUGUGCUUCAAGGUGAGAGAGAAUUUGUUAGGGACAACAAAUCUCUUGGCAGCUUUCGGUUGGAUGGCAUCCCACCUGCGCCACGUGGAGUUCCCCAAAUUGAGGUCAAGUUCGACAUUGAUGCCAAUGGCAUCCUUUCAGUCACUGCUGUUGAUAAGGGCACGGGGAAGAAGCAAGACAUCACCAUAACUGGUGCUAGCACAUUGCCCAGUGAUGAGGUAGAAAGGAUGGUUCAGGAGGCUGAAAAAUUUUCAAAGGAGGAUAAAGAGAAGAGAGAAGCCAUUGAUACUAAGAACCAGGCAGACUCGGUUGUCUACCAGACAGAAAAGCAGCUGAAGGAGCUGGGAGACAAAGUUCCUGGUCCGGUUAAAGAGAAGGUUGAGGCAAAACUUGGGGAGCUGAAAGAUGCGAUUUCAGGGGGCUCUACCCAAGCCAUAAAGGAUGCUAUGGCUGCUCUUAAUCAGGAAGUCAUGCAGCUUGGGCAGUCUCUAUACAACCAGCCAGGUGCACCUGGUGGUGGUGCAGGGCCUGCUGCUGGUGGUGAACCUGGACCUUCGGAGGCAUCAGGCAAGGGGCCUGAUGGUGAUGGAGAUGUAAUUGACGCAGAUUUCACCGACAGCAAGUGAGGCAUAUAAAGCUAAGAUAGGGGGACCAUUCUUGUUUUAAUCAGUUAUAUUUUCCUUAAGUGGUAAAUGUGUAUAAGAAUUAAUUUUGCGGGAUUGGAUCUGGUAUUCUGGUUUCUUUGACUUCAUUUUUGUUUUGUGGAGAACGAAAAGGAUUAUUAGAAAUUUAGAGGAAGCUGUGGUAGUACUAAGUAGCCUUUCAUAGCGAAACGGAAAUGGUGUGUUCAAAGUUCAAUGGACAUUGUUCAGAUAAUUUUGAUAUACUCAUUAAGAUUGAUGAAGUUUUAGAUUGGCCUUUUGGUCCUCAUA